CCUAAUAUAUCUUCCCGAAACACAACCCUUUUCUCUCCAUCUCCCUCGUGCCCCCUUCUUCUCGAUCCCUCUCUCUUCUCUCUGAACCUCCAGUCCAUCAUUUUAACCUCUCUCAGAUUCUCCUCCGUCUUUGACUUUUUUUUUGACAUCCUAGUCGCUUUCCCCUUCCAUCGAUUUAGGGCUUCCGCUUACCCCUUCGAGUUUUUUUCCUCUUGUUCUUAAUAAAGUUUAUGCUUUUGAUUUCCUUUUUUGGUUCCCUCCUUCUGCAAUUCCCGUCACAACUCGCUCUUUCCCUGUCGAGGUCCCGAAUUUCUCUUCUUGAGUGCGUCUGAUCCGAUCUCCCUCCGUUUAGCUUGCAGCGAGGCGGUGAUAUAUGGUUUCCUGCUGUUCUUCGGCUUGGAUCGCUUAGGAUUUUGUAAUUGUGUUAUGAUGGUGGGUACUCAACGUGUAGAUGGCUCGUUGCCGCCGGUGAAUUCUCCUAAAAGCUAUGGAAUUACAAAGCCUCUUUCCCUUGCUGGGCCUUCUUCGGCGGAUUUCAAGCGUAAUGUGGAGCUGGAGAAGUUUUUGGUUGACGAAGGACUCUAUGAGAGCAAAGAGAAUACCAUGCGGAGAGAGGAAGUUCUGGGGCGCAUUGAUCAGAUUGUAAAGCACUGGGUGAAGCAGUUAACCCAGCAGAGGGGCUACACGGAUCAAAUGGUGGAGGAUGCAAAUGCUGUCAUUUUCACCUUCGGAUCUUACCGACUUGGAGUUCAUGGGCCUGGGGCUGACAUUGAUACUCUGUGUGUUGGGCCAUCUUAUGUUAACCGGGAGGAGGAUUUCUUCAUCGUCUUGCAUGAUAUAUUGGCUGAGAUGGAAGAAGUGACUGAACUUCAACCUGUUCCUGACGCCCACGUUCCGGUCAUGAAAUUUAAGUUUCAAGGAAUACCGAUUGAUCUGCUCUAUGCUAGCAUAUCACUUUUAGUUGUGCCACAGGAUCUGGAUAUCUCCAACUCUUCUGUGCUGUGUGAUGUUGAUGAGCCAACCGUUCGGAGUCUUAAUGGUUGUAGAGUUGCUGAUCAGAUUCUUAAACUCGUUCCAAAUUUUGAGCACUUCCGAACAACGUUAAGAUGCCUGAAGUACUGGGCUAAGAGACGUGGCGUCUACUCAAAUGUCACUGGAUUUCUGGGCGGUGUAAACUGGGCACUUUUGGUUGCUCGUGUGUGCCAGCUCUAUCCAAAUGCAAUUCCUAGUAUGCUGGUUUCUCGGUUUUUCAGAGUAUAUACUCAGUGGAGGUGGCCGAACCCCGUCAUGCUUUGCGCAAUAGAAGAGGAUGAGCUUGGAUUUCCUGUCUGGGACCCUCGAAAGAAUCAUCGCGACCGUUAUCACCUUAUGCCAAUAAUAACUCCAGCUUACCCAUGCAUGAAUUCUAGUUACAAUGUCUCUCAAAGCACUCUUCGCGUUAUGACAGAGCAGUUCCAGUUUGGUAACAAUAUCUUGCAAGAGAUUGAAUUAAAUAAACAACACUGGAGCUCUUUAUUUGAACAAUAUAUGUUCUUCGAGGCAUAUAAAAACUACCUGCAGGUUGAUAUAGUAGCAGCAGAUGCAGAGGAUUUAUUGGCUUGGAAGGGCUGGGUGGAGUCACGGUUCAGACAGCUGACCUUAAAGAUAGAAAGAGACACAAAUGGGAUGUUAAUGUGCCAUCCCCAACCAAAUGAGUAUGUAGACACGUCUAGGCAGUUUCUGCAUUGUGCCUUUUUCAUGGGCUUGCAGAGGGCAGAAGGCGUUGGUGGUCAAGAAUGUCAACAGUUUGAUAUACGCGGUACGGUCGAUGAGUUCAGACAAGAAGUUAACAUGUAUAUGUUCUGGAAACCUGGGAUGGAUGUGUUUGUUUCUCAUGUUCGUAGACGACAGCUUCCACCUUUUGUUUUCCCAAAUGGAUACAGAAGGCCUCGGCCGUCCAGGCACCAAAAUCAACAGGGUGGAAAAUCUGGUGAAGAUGAGACUGUUUCUCAUUCCAGCUCUGUGGUCGAGGGGCAUGCCAAGAGAAAGAACGAUAAUGAAAUGAUGGAUGCGAGGCCAGAGAAACCUGAGAAGCGCGCAUCUCUUAGUCCACAGAGUCUAGACAUUGUUUCUCCUGAAAGUUGUGCUAUCACUACUGGUUGGACGCCUCCUAUUUGUAAUCUUAGAAGGCCACCUGGUGAGGAAAUUGAGGCUGGAAAUUUGAACACUGAGGAUACUGAAGUCACAAACUUUGCUAGAGGUGAGCGUAACUCUGGCAGCGAGCAAGCUCUGGAAGUAGAUAGUAUGGCUCUUGUUCAAGAAUACUCUGAUCCGGCUGAGGCUAUGGGAAAGUCUGUGACACCUGAUUCUAGUGAUGUGGUAGCAUGUGAAAGUGGGCAGGAAGAAAACUUAGAUCGUGAUUUGAGGUCUGUAUCGAUCAGUGUAGUCAAUGAAGUUGAGAGGGAAUCAAACUUAUUUAGUGGGACGAGGCCAACUGGAGAAAUUGCCGACAGUGUUCAGCUGAGCAGAUCUUGUGGGCAGAACCAUGAUUAUGAGGGUUUUGGGUUUCCUGCUGCAAAUUCAGAUCCUUUUGUGGGAAAGGAAAACGUGUACUCUCAAAGUGGCAUGCCUGAAGACCUUCAGUCAAACUCUUUGGUCAGCGGGAUGGAGAAGACAGACGACAGAGCUAGGUCAGAAUCUAUGCAGAAGUCACAGAUAAGGCAAAAUAAUCAUUUCUUUAUGUUACUGUUUUAUUUUUUGGUUUCUUGGUGCUUUUAUAGCAGCAGCAGGUUAAGCUUAAAGUCCACUGUGUGAACAUCCUCUAGGCUGUUGACGUGAUAACUAGAGUCAUCAAGAAAACAGGAAGAUCAACUGAAACUGUUGCGGCGGACAGACGACAGAGUCCAAAACCUUUGGUAAGUUAAUUUUUUAUAUGGAAACAAAAAAAAAAAGAAAAAAGUAAAAAAUGACAGUGAAAAGUCUCAAAAAAAAAAAAGAAAAAAAAA